CCUAUCAGGGCGCCGGAGCGCGAAGGUCGGCAGAACUCCCGCCAAAUACGAGCGAGGAGCGAGCGGACGGGCCGGCGGGCGGUUGGGCAUAGAGCGAGCCGGACGGCGCCGGCCGAGGCGGCGAGCCUUCGCUGUCUCUCCCGCCCCCCCCUCCCGGGGAUGUGAGGGGGAGCGAAGGUUUCCCGCCGCCCGGCCGCUCUUCUCCUCAGGCAGGCAACUAUGGAGUGUCGAAAUAAAACAGGAGUUCCAGCUCGGAAGCUAAUCCAAGCUCGACUGCCCUUCAAGCGCUUGAAUCCCAUACCAAAGGAGAAAAAUGACACAAACCCCGAAGUGAAAAAAGCCAGGAGCGUGCAGAACGCCCUCGACCAAAACGCGGCUUACCCUGCCUCGCCGCAUACAUUGUCGGACAAUGUGGAAAACAGUUGCGAGGAAGAAACGGAAUCCCCUGUUCCAAAACUGAUUAAUGGCAAGGGUCCCCUCGAUAACUUUGUGCAGAAAAGUAUAAAAAAUGAUACAAGUCAGUCUCGGCUCUUCAUAGACUUGACGGACGACGACCCUCCUCACAGACGGGAUGAGAACACGGGUCGCACCAAGUCCAGCAUCAGAGUAGCAUCUCCUGAGGAAACCCCAAAGGAGAAAGAAGGCCAGGCUGCGUCCCCAAAUUCCUCUUGCACCGCUCAGGAGGUGGAUCCUUGCUUAGAAACCGGCUUCGAUGUAACAGAGAAGGAAUUACCAAGCGAGGCAUCCACCGAGAUAGAAACUAAUACUUCCACGGAGGAUAAACCUCAGAAUGUCAUAUUUGAACGGAAAAUGCCAGUCGUGGUUCUGGAGGACAUCUUGGCCACCAGAUCUCCUCAAGCUGCGGCUUUGGAAAGGAGCGCAAAUUCUGAAAACGAAACCAUGGAAUCUUGUCCCGAAGAGGACACGCCAUGUACAAAUUCCUCCUUAAGUUCCCUCUCUCUUACCAGCUCCCCUGAGUCUCGGGCGACCAAGGAGCAUAACGUUAAUCCACUAGCUGCUUCAACACCGGUGUGGAAGGCCUCUCCAAAGGUCCAUCGAAGUUCUGAGGAGAAGGAGAAACUCAAGCUACAGAGGGUGAGAGGAUUCCACUGACUAACUGAAUUUACUCGCUGAAAAGUGAGAGUGUGUGGGCUUAAGAAAGUGAUGUGGAAGACAAUAAUAAAUGGUUUUAAUGACA